AUGUCGCAGAGGUUUGUCCCAAGGGUUUCGUUUCCGAAAUAUAACUUUGCGUUGUCUGAUUUCAAAGGCCAUCAACAAAAGGCUUUACAGCGUAUCAAUAUGCUGCUACCGCAACAAAACUUAUUUCUGGAACUGCGAGAUAGCAGAGCACCGCUGAGCACCAGAAACGUUCUUUUUGAUCAAUUAGCCAUGUAUCAUCGAAUCCCCAAGCUGAUAAUAUACACAAAACGCGAUCAAUGUCCUCCGAGCACCAUCGCUGCCCUGAAUAGAUGGCAUGCUGAGAAUUCCGAACAAUUCAUGAUGUUGGACUGUCGCCGUCGCGCUGAUGUACACAACCUACUUCACAUCUUCAAAUCGAAAUACAACUCCCUCUGCACGGAAAACGAGUCCGCUGGGGGUAUUUUACCAUUAGGAUAUCGAAUUCUCAUCGCUGGCAUGCCAAACGUGGGUAAAUCUACUCUGAUAAACUCUCUUACGACGCUUCUCGAUAAUAACGGUGAUACUGCUGAUCCGCAGAAAAGGAAAAAGGUGGCCAGAACUGGCUCCCAUCCAGGAAUCACCCGUUCGGUCAGCGAAUCAAUUAAAAUAUCAAACUAUAGAUUCGGCAUCUACCUAUAUGACACCCCGGGUGUCUCCCUCCCAGCAAGAAUUUCAAACUCGAACCGCAUGCUGGCACUCUCGCUAUGUGGGUGCGUCAGCCCAAAUCUUAUUGACCCCUACAUCCAAGCUGACUACCUAUUGUACCUAAUAAACCUCCAAAUAACCCCCUCCGACAAGUAUGCUGAUACUUAUAAAAAAUAUACAAACGGGAAACCAACAAACGAUAUAAACCAAAUACUAGCAGGAAUCUCCAACCGCUUGAAUAUUUCAAGCGAAACUACUGCUGCGAUAUACUGGAUAAAUUCCCUGCUGCGUCAGCGACAGAAGAAGCACAAGAACAAGAAAAUUGAUAAAUCCGCCCAUAACCAGCAUCUGUUACUGUCGUUCGAUCUAGAAACUGUGCUAUGCUCGAACGGCGACAGCGACAACACAUUUUCAUAUAAAAAACAUGUACAAAAUGAACUAAAACCAUUGCAACCUAUGAAUCAGGACUCUUCUUCACGUUCUGCUACCCUGGCCAGGAACAGUAAUCAACUAUUUUCAUGA